AUGGUGCCCACUGUCCGUGCCUUGGCCCUGCGCUGCUCCUUCUCCUCCUCUCUUGUCCCUUUUUCCUCCUCUCUCCCCUUCUCCCUUUCUUGCUCCCCCUCCCUCUUCUCCCUGUCAUCAUCCUCGUUUGGACCUUUCUCCCCCUCUAUCCCACCCUCCUCAUCCCCCUCCCCCGUUCCCUCAUCUUCGCCCCCUUCUCCUCUCUCUACACGCAAGGAACCUUGCACUUCCUUUGUGCAAUUCUCUCCCUUUCCCUUUCUCUUUCUCCCUCCCCUUAUCCUUCCCCUCUUUUUUGCUCCUUUCCCUUCUCCCUCCCCUUCUCCCCUCUCCUCUACUCCUCCCCCUUCUCCCCCCUCCCGUUCUCUCCCGUCAACUUCCCCCCCCUCCUCCUCUCCGCUCUCCUCUCCUCCCUCCUCCCCUCCUCCCCCUUCUUCCCCCUCCCGCUCUCUCUCCUCAACUUUUCCCCCCUCCUCCUCCCCCCCUCCUCCUCUCCCCUCUCCUCUCCCCCCUCCUCCUCCCCCCCCUCCUCCUCUCCCCUCUCCUCUCCCCCCUCCUCCUCCCCCCCCUCCUCCUCUCCCCUCUCCUCUCCCCCCUCCUCCUCUCCUCCCUCGUCUCCUUUCGUGCUUCCUUCCUGCAAUGAUUCCAGCAGCUCGCCAGCCUGCCACGGGGCAAAACGAGGAAGAGAGAGAGAGAGCAGCAGGCUCGGAGGAGGAAAGCAAGGCCGCCAGCUGGCAAGGCCAAGGGGGAGGGGGGAGGGGGGAGGGGGAGGGAGAGAUGAGGUAA